AUGAACGUACAGGCGACAUGCGAUGCCAACUACCGGUUUUGCAGCAUGUCUUGCAUUGCACCCGGCUCGACCAAUGACUGGACGGCAUGGAACCAUUCGGAUCUAUCCACAGCGGUGAAAAACCUGCCGCCAGGGUUCUACGUGCUCGGAGACGCGGCUUACCCCCUAAGCGACCACCUGUUGACUCCGUACCCAGGGAGGGGACUGCCGCUGGACCAAGACGCGUUCAACUUCUAUCUGAGUCAACUCAGAGUCAGGAUCGAGCAAGCGUUCGGCAUUCUCGUCGACCAGUGGGGCAUCANCUAUCUGAGUCAACUCAGAGUCAGGAUCGAGCAAGCGUUCGGCAUUCUCGUCGGCCAGUGGGGCAUCCUGUGGAAGCCGUUGCGUGUUCAGUUCGCUGGGCGAUGCGACUUCAUCACGGCGCUCUUCCGCCUCCACAACUAUCUCCGGGACGAGAAGGUUACACCAAUCCAACGGUCGGAAGAAGACGCGGAGGUGGUCCAGGCACGCCCCCACCUACUCGGCGACAAGACUCUGCCAGGAUCUUUCAGCACGACCACCAAGGACGCGCAGAAACUGACCAGGUCAGGCGAAGUCUCCACGCGCAACGGGAUCACGAUCAUGCUGGACAACAAGCGCCAGUACCGCCCAAAGCACAACUUGGUGCGCAACGCAGCGAGGAAGACGUGAGGGAUCGAACGCGGGCGGGCUGCGGUGAAGGGUGGGUCCCGAGGACGUAGUGCAUGGAUGAUGAAUGAGACGAGGAAAAUGCGGCCGUGGUGGCCUUUGAGGAGCGUGGGCCGGGGCCGGGGCGGCGGAUGUGGACGGUGGUCGGGAAUGCAACGCCUCUGGUGGGGUAGGGCGGGGGGGGGUGAAAGGGAAGGGAAGGCGCACGGGCGGGUGAGAAAGUUUUUUUGUUUAGGGGGAGAGGGUCGGCCGCGAAAUCCACAUGCGCUUCUACGAGGACGUUUUGGGCAAUUUUGCGGAAGUCGUGUUUUAUGUGUUACAAACACCAUAAACCGGGGUAAUCUACGAGUGGUGUCCGGUAAGAUUUCGUGUUGUUUCGAUACGUAUUGUCGCUGUUCAUUACGUCGUUUGUUUGGGUGUCAUUCCUGCGUUGUGCAUCUCUUGCGCGAGAAAAUUCGAAUUGCAGAGACGUCGAAGAAAAAUGUAGGUUUCCAAACGCAUUUAUUUUAUAACAUUUGGCGUGUAGGGUAAGGGUGAGCACCCUCCCCCCUGUGUGGGGGAAUUUUGUCAUGUCAUAGUUGCGUGAUGCGAGAUGGUAACAGAUAUGUUUUUUUUUUCUGACUUCACGAUGUUGCCUCUAGGGAGACAGUGUUGGCUGAACAGCAUCAUGGCGUAGACGGUCAGCUCCCACAGCCCGGGAUAACGGUAUCGGGAAUGGAUCCGCGUUCAAACGUUUUUUACGUUGUAUUUGAAUAAGUUCGCGUCGUGAGGAGACAUUGUUUCCGAAGCAUCUACGAAUGCAGACGGUGGUUGGUGAAAAACAUACCGACCAAAAACAAACAAGCGGUACUGCUGUACGUGUCUAAAAAAAAACGAACUUUGGUCGUGCGCCACACGUUCGCUCUGCGUGUCCCCCCCCCCUGGUCAUCUGUAAAAAAACACCACCAAAGAAAAAGACAAGCGUGGUACUGCUGUACGUGGCUAAAAAAAACAUCGAACUUCGAGCGUGCGCUACGCGUUCUCCAUGCGUGUGCUACACGUGGUGCACUCGUCAAACACCCACCCGACAAAAGACAAACGGUACGGCAAGUGAAAGCGAUCUGCCUUCUCCCUCACCCGCCCACACACAAACGAUCUUACACCAACCGCCACUAAAACACAAUCGAUCGCUCUUGCACAUGUGGAAUCGGGGAGGGACCGCGGGCUGUCCCUCAAAGGGGACUCUUGUCCCAUUCAGCCAUCUCUGUUCUAAUCUUCGCAAUAUUUUUUUCCAGAAAACCGACCAUUUCUAGCGCCGCGCUGUCGCCGCCUGCCGCCUCUGCUUUGGCUUGUUUGAGAUUUUUCGUGGCGGCUUGGAAAGAUUCGAACAAUGUGUCGAAAAACCUCAAUUUUGCGGUCUUUUCAUCUACGAUGUUCUGCGGGGAAGGUGCUGCGGCGGGGGCGGGUUCGGACGCUGGCCGAAAUAGCUCGCUUAAUCCGCCGGGGGGCAGUCCAAGUCCAGACGCCACUGAGUGCAUGGCAACCGCGGCCGUCUCUUGCACGCUGACGGCGUUCUUAGCCUGCUUUUUCUUGGCCUUGAGGUGGGCGUUGUCCUCCCUCGCUCUGCGUUUGGAUUCCUCUCUCCUCUUCGCGUCAGCAGCGGCUUCCUUGGCGCCUGUAGGGCCGGCGGCCGCCC